AUGGGCGCAUCCAACAACGACCGCAAGCGGUCCCGCACCGACGCGGAGGACAUCGGACCCGCUGACUUCGAGGAUCGAGACAAUGGAGCAGUCCAGGCCACCAAGAGGGCAAGAGUCGAGGAACGGAGAUCGCUCUUCGUCCGAUCUCUCCCUACUGGAGCCACCAGCGAGACACUCACCGACUUCUUCUCAGAGCACUUCCCAGUGAAGCACGCCGUCGUGGUCAUUGACCAAAAGACCAAGGAAUCUCGAGGCUACGGUUUCGUUACUUUCGCCGACGCCGACGACGCCAAAGAGGCGAAGGAGAAAUUGGACAAGCAGGAGUGGGACGGAAAACGAAUCCGACUGGACCUUGCUGAGCGCAGGCAUCGAAACGAAUCCAGCGGUCCUGCCGUAGUCCCUGCUGGCAAGCCCCCUAAGAAGGAUGAGUACCAAAAAGCACCGAAGUUGAUUGUGCGCAACUUGCCUUGGAGCAUCAAGACCUCGGAGCAGCUGGAGCGCCUCUUCCGCAGCUUUGGCAAGGUCAAAUUCGCCGAUCUGCCUCAAUCAAAGGGCAAACUUAAGGGAUUCGGUUUCGUCACCAUCCGAGGAAAGAAGAACGCUGAGACUGCCUUGGAGGCCAUCAAUGGCAAGGAAAUCGAUGGCAGAACCCUCGCUGUGGAUUGGGCUGUGGAUAAGGAGACCUGGGAUCAGCAGAACCCAGAUAAGAAAGAGAAAAAGAGUGCGAAGAAGGAUGAGGAGGAGGAGGAGGAGGAUGCGGAGGAAGACGCAGAAUCUGCCACCAUCGAAGAUGAAGAGGUGGACGAGGACGAGGACGAAAACGAUGAUGAGGAUAAGGAAGACGCUGGUGCGAAGCCGACUCGGGAUGAGGAGCUCGACGCCGACUUGGAAAACUUCAUGAAGAACUACAUGCAAAAUAUGGAGGAGGAGGACGAUGACGAUGAGGAAGACGACGAAGACAAGGAGGCGCAGGAGGCAAAGAAAAACGCCCCACCCAAGAGACUGAUGACAGACAACUCCGGUACUGUUUUCAUUCGCAACCUGCCUUUCACGGCAACCGAUGCACAGCUCAAGGGCUUUUUUGAGCACUUUGGAGCAGUCAGAUAUGCUCGUGUUGUUAUGAACAAGAUGACGGAGAAGCCUGCUGGCACAGCUUUCGUGUGCUUCUACAACGCGGAUGACGCCAAGAGCUGUAUCAAGGGAGCCCCUCGCCCCAAGGAGUCAGUCUCGAUGGGUAAGAACUCGAUUCUUCAGGAUGAGAGCGCCGAUCCCGACGGCAAGUACACUCUGGAUGGUCGACUCCUCCAGAUCGCACAGGCCGUCAACAAGGAUGAGGCAACCAACCUUGCAGACAACUCGCUCGCCAAGCGAAGGGAGAAGGAUAAGCGCAGACUCUUCCUUCUUUCCGAGGGUGCCAUCGACCGAAAUUCGCCCCUUUUCAACAUUCUUUCGCCGGCAGAACACCAUAUGAGAGAUGCUAGCUCUGCCCAGCGCAAGAAGCUUGUGCAGAAAAACCCCAGCUUGCACUUGAGCUUGACUCGUCUCGCUCUCCGCAACAUUCCCCGCAACAUGGGCGCAACGGAGCUGAAGGACCUUGCCAGAAAGGCUGUCGUUGGGUUUGCUACGGACGUCAGGGACGGUCGUCGGCAACCCCUCUCGAAGGAGGAGAAUGCUCGAGAUGGCAAGGACGCCAAGGAAAAGGAUCGUGAGAGGAAGGCCAAGGGCAAGGGUAUUGUUCGCCAGGCUAAGAUUAUCUUCGAGAGCGCAAAGGGAACCAAGGUGGAAGAGACGGCUGGUGGAAAGAGCCGUGGCUACGGUUUUAUCGAGUACACCUCGCAUCAUUGGGCUCUGAUGGGUCUCCGAUACCUGAACGGCCAGCAGCUCGAGAAUGAGAACGGAAAGAAGCAGAGGCUUGUGGUUGAAUUUGCCAUUGAGAACGCCCAGGUUGUCCAGCGACGAAAGGCCAACGAGGAAAAGUCUCGCCAGGGACAAGAGCAGUCGAAGAACGGAGGCCCAACGGUCAAGCCCGAUGCUCGGUCUCGAGACGGUCGACGAGAGAGCGGCGGGUUCUCUAAGGACAAGGGCAAGGGGCGUGAUGGCAAGGGACGCAACGACAAGGGACGCGAUAGCAAGGUGCGCGAUGGCAAGGUGCGCGAUGGCAAGGUGCGCGAUGGCAAGGUACGUGAUCGCAAGGGCAGCAAACCGGUGGAGGGAGAGAAGAGCGGCAAGCCGAAUGAUGCCGAGGAGGAUAUGCAGCAGAGGUUGAUUGCGAGGAAGAGGCUUGUGCGCAAGAAGAAAGCUCAAUUGCGUGGCAAAAAUUAG